UGGGUUCAUUCCUGGAGAAACCGGACGGUGCCUUCUGACAGCUGAAGGAAAUCAGUGUUGUUUACAACAGACUGAGUGGGAUGAGCGGGCGGCAUGGAGCUUUAGGGCAAGCCUUCCGCAAUGCAGAAAUCAAUCUGGAUCGUUAUUGAAAUUAACGGAACUCAGAUUUUUAUUAUAGUAACGUUAAAUUAUUCUGCACCAUUAAGUACAGCGUUGCGUGGAGGAUGGCGCGCAUCCUGGGAGGCACUUCCCUCCUGUGUCCACGAGGUGCAUCAUAAAUAGGAAAACCGAGAGGUUCUGCUCAUGUUUCAUCCACUGAGCUUCUAGCUUCAACCCCACCAGGUGGUUCUCACUACAACAUCAUGCUGCGCCUCAUCCUGCUCCUCCACCUACUCGUCCUCAAGCUCUCUCCAGCAGAUGCAUCAAUCCAGGAGGUUCCUGAUCUUUAUGAAGCACAUGAAGUCGUAGGUUUCGGCCCAGUGUUUGAAGAGCAACCGGUGGACACCAUCUACCCCGAGGAGUCACCUGAGGCCAAAAUUAUCAUGAACUGCCGGGCUAGAGCCAAUCCACCUGCCACAUACAAAUGGAAACUGAACAACGUGGAAAUUGACUUGAAUGAAGAAGGAAGACACUACAGUUUAUCAGGAGGCAAACUGGUCAUCAGCAACCCCAUUAGAACCAAACAUGUGGGAACAUACUUCUGUUUGGCGACCAACAUGUUUGGCACAGUGGCCAGCCGGGAAGCAUCUGUCCAGUUUGGAUACCUUGAUCUUUUCUCAUCGGAGGAGCGGGAGGCGGUCAACGUCCGGGAGGGUCAGGGGGCGGUCUUGCUCUGUGCCCCCCCUCCACAUUAUCCAGCCGGACUGUCAUUUCGAUGGAUACUCAAUGAGUUCCCCACCUUCAUCCCUCUGGACAACAGACGAUUUGUCUCCCAGAUAACUGGAAACCUGUACAUCUCCAAGGUGGACUCGUCAGACAGGGGCAACUACUCCUGCAUCGCAUCCAGCCCAUCUAUUUCUAAGAGUGUCUUUUCCAACUAUAUUCCUCUCAAGCCUCUGGAUGAACGUCGUGUUAAAAAGUACCCUGCUGACCUCAGAGUUAGAUUCCCAAGCACCACUGCUUUGGUGGGCCAGAACGUCACUUUGGAAUGCUUUGCUUUGGGGAACCCCGUACCUGAAAUACAUUGGAAGAGAAUUGGUAGAGAACUGCCAGAAAGCCAUGAGGUGCGGAUGGCUGGUGCUCAGCUGUAUCUCCACAAUGUUCAGUUUGAGGACAGUGGAGCCUACAGAUGUGAAGCUGUCAACUCAAAAGGAAAGGACUCCCACUCUGAAAAUGUCUCUGUGGAGGCUUUUCCUGAGUGGGUGGAGCACAUUACUAGCACAGAAAAAGACAUCUAUAGCUCCUUCACCAUGUCGUGCAUCGCCAAAGGUGAACCUAAGCCACAAAUCCGCUGGCUGAAGAACGGAGAACCGUUUGAUAGAAAAGAGAUGAGAUUCGCCAGGCUGGCGUUUGAUGAUUCAGGGAUGUACCAGUGCAUCGCAGAGAAUCGCCACGGAGUUAUUUACGCCAACGCAGAGCUGCGAGUGGUUGCCUGCGCUCCCACGUUUGAACACCUUCCAGUAAACAAUGUGUUGGCGCCUAAAAAUGGUCGCGUGGUGAUUGAAUGUCGACCGAAAGCGGCGCCGAAGCCCACCUUCUUCUGGAGCAAAGACACCGAGCUGCUCUCCAACUCCAGCAGGGUUUUUAUCUGGGAGGAUGGUAGCCUGGAGAUCCUCGAUGUGACGCAAGCAGAUGUGGGCAGGUACACCUGUUUUGCUGAGAACGAUUUAGGAAGAGCCAACAUCACCCGCCCUCUGCUGGUCACAGAGUCCACAAAGAUCACCUUGGCUCCAUCUAAUGUAGAUGUUAAUGCCGGCGAAAACACCUGGAUGCAGUGUGCAGCAUCGCAUGACGCUCGGGUGGACAUUACUUUCAUCUGGUCUCAAGAUGGGAAAGAAAUUGACUUAAUUAAGAACAGCGCACACUAUGAAAGCAUCCUGAAUGGAAGUUCAAAUAGCAAGCUGUUGAUAAAAAAUGUUCAGCUGAAGCAUGCGGGACACUACACCUGUACUGCAAACACCCAGGUUGACAACAUCACUGCCUCUGCCCACCUGGUUGUUAGGGGUCCCCCCGGAGCCCCUGGUGGAGUACGAAUAGUAAACAGAACAGAUAAGAGCAUGACGUUGGAGUGGUUCCGCGGAGCAGACCACCACAGCCCCAUCUCCAAGUACAUCAUCCAGUACAGGGACCAGUUUUCUAAAGAUGUCUGGAAGAACGCCACUACCAUUCCCUCUGAUGUUGAGGGGAACACAGAGACUGCCACAGUCAUAAAUCUGAUCCCCUGGACGGAAUAUGAGUUCAGAGUCAUCGCCAUCAACACUCUGGGAACAGGAGAUCCAAGCAGGCCGUCACCUAAAGAAACAACCCUGGAUUCAGAUCCUGUGGUGGCGCCCUCGGAUGUCGGAGGGGGUGGAGGGGCCAGCAGAGAGUUGACCAUUACGUGGACGCCGGUACAUCCUCAGUACUACUACGGGCCCAACUUUGGCUACAUCGUCGCCUUUAAACCUCAUGAUGAAUUUGAAUGGAAGAGGGUGGCAGUGGCUGACCCCCAGGCCAAGCGCUACGUUCACAAAGACGCCAGCAUCUCUCCUUUGACAAAGUUUGACGUUAAAGUUAAAGCAUUCAACAACCAAGGAGAGGGACCCUACAGCCUUACAGCUGUCGUGUACUCUGCACAGGAUGCUCCCUCUGAAGCUCCUGAAAAUGUUGAAGGUCGAGUUCUUUCUGCCACAACUUCGACCGUCUCCUGGAUUCCCAUCCCAGAAAAUAACAUAGAUGGAUACCAGAUAAAGUAUUGGAGGAAUCACGAAGAUGGUGAAGGUGGAGCCCAACGGGUGGUGCUGCCAGGCACAGAGAACCACACCAAACUUGAGGGAUUGAAGCCCAACUCGGAAUACCUUAUUGAGGUCCGAGGCUACAACUCUGCGGGAUAUGGCCCUCCCAGCAGCCACUUUAGGAUCCACACCAAGAAACCCCCUCCAGACCGACCUCCCAAAAUACUAAGUGCAAAGAUAAAGGGCCAGUCUGUAAAUAUAGCCUGGGAGCACGUAGAACCAUUGGCUAACGAGUCAACAAUAGAUGGCUACAGAGUGCUGUACAAGCAGAAGGGAAACUCUGUGGGCACUCUGUACACAACCAGUAAACGGCACAUUGACCUUCCGUGGCAUGCAGAUGAAGAAUACGUCGUGGAAGUGCGGGCGCACACGGAGGGAGGAGACGGGGCUGUGGCACAAACCAGCAUCAAAGGUGGAGGAAUCCUGCCCACCGCAUCCCCCAGCUUACUCCUCCUCCUCCCGAUGGUUCUCCUCCUCCUGAAUGUUUGAAUGUAGUGCCAUCUUUCCCUUCUUGUUGUACCACGGAGAAUCCUGCAGUUGCUUAAGGUUUACACCUAUUGGGAUUUGGGAAUCUUUCCACCCAAAUUCGUAUCCCGCCCUUGUUUUCCGGGAUGUCACUUUCCAGCUCUCUCUUCGCCUCUCUGGGACAUGUGUGUGGAAAAAAUAAAAACACAGGAAAUGGAAACAAAAAAGGAAACAGACAAUGACAUUCCUUAUUUAUCCACGGAGAGCUUCUUUGAAAGGAGUGUCGAAAGGGAUCUGUCAACUUCAAAGGCCUUAUAUAAAUGAUUGCUCUUGUCUUUCACAGUGAUUUGCUUUAGGUUGGAUCGUAACUGGAAGUUUGUAUCAUAACACUUGCAUGGGUUUUCUCUUUUCCCCGAACCUAAGCGGAUUUGUCUGACAUUAAAAUAAAGAAAAAAGAAAAAAUGCAUCAACCCUUCAGUGCAUUCCACAAGGUAAACAAAUUGCUGUGAAGGGCAAGUGCAUGAAUUUAUGAAAAAAACUUUGUUUCUUCAUUUACAGUUUUGUGGCAUUUAAGGAAAAUAAAGCAAACACUGUCUUACAGCGAUACAGUCAAAGCAAAUCUCAACCUGUUGCACACUUUUUAUAACAAGCUUAGAGAGAAUUUAUGUCAUGCUGAAUUAAUAUAUUCAAUAACUGAUAUUAUCAUAUCUAAUAAAGUGUACUGUCAAUAAUAUUUGAGGAAGCUGAUUUUAACUAUAUCUGGUGCUUAUUUUUAAACUGUAACACAUUUUCUGUUACUACCACUUCCAAACUCUGUGUGCCAGUGUCACAUGAAGAGAAACUGAAUUGCAGAAGAUCUGGAAGAAAAUCGGGCAGUGAUGUUUUUUUUUUCAAAGCUUCAGCAUUUUGUUUAAUUUUGAGACCCGAAGCUGGAUAAACAAUCUGGCACUAGGCCCACUUUGUUUUGACUGUAUCAUUAGGGCCUCAUUGAUGCCAGCUGGUGCUUUGCAAGAAUGUCAGCAUUUCAUGUCACCCCUCUUAUUGUUGACUUUGUGUGAGAGUCAUAAUUUCAACAGAAAUCAUGAACUGUACCGUUGUUAAAUGUGUAACGUCGGACCAACCUGUGGCAACUUUUUAACAAGACCAACGGCAGUCUUGUGUCGGUUCCUGAUCUAAAUAUCAACAGGUAAACAAAAGCCAUCGGCACUAAGAGCUCAUCCAAAGCUCUCGAUGUUGUUUUGAGUUCACCUUGUUAGUUUUUUUUAAUAACAUGAUCUGAGUCAUAUGAACUUUAUUAAUUUGUGUUUUUUGUUUCUUUGUGAUGAUCCUAUUUGUAUGUAUUGGCCCAUCACUGAUUGGUCAGUUUAAAAAAAAAGUUUAUUUCCCUCUAAAAGGAGGAGCAAAUGCUGCGUUUUGAGUUCCUCCAGGUGAUCGGCUGCAUGACAGACGCUAGUCAUGCUUCGUUGCAUUGUGACAGUAUCAAUGUCCACCACAAAGUGCUUUUCCUGGUUUAUCUUCAUGCCACAAAUCAUCAGAAAAAUGGGUUGCCAAAUGCAUGAAUGCCUUGAACUUUGACAUUUUUUGGACGAAGCAGUGGCUCAAUAUAUCAUGCAUGAGAUCAGAGACAAAGUGGUGCAUAACUUUGCAACAUACCAACAUCGUAGAAACUUCUAGGACUCUUAUGAAAUACAUUCCAUCCCUGAGUGGCAUCCCUUUAAGUCAGAGGUAGUAGAUCUUAGACUAAUAUGUGCAUUAGCCGCUAAGCUUCAGGAAAACCCAACAUUUCACAUGAAGCCUCUAUGGAGAAAAGCUUGUAAACUGACUAAAGGAAUCUCACUCUGUUUAAAAAAAAAGUCCUGUAGUCUCGUGCAAACAUGAUGUUUAGGAUCUGAUGGCAUCGUGGAAUUGGCAGCUCGCCUGGCUGCUGGCUGGAAUUCAGAAAUCUGCUGGAUGUGAAGGGCACAAAUGAGGGAUGAAGCUGAAACCUCUCAUUGGACAAGGAACAAUAAAAGUGUAGUUAACUAUAA